UUGGUAUCGAUCCGAUACCAAAUACAUAUAGGGUCAGUAUUGCCGAUACCAAUACCAAUACGAUACUUUUUACUAAAAAAAAAUACUUUUGUGUAGGGGAGAGCAGUAUGUCAUUGUUUCUCAGGUGAAUGAAUGAUCAAUUCUUUAGACAAUAUUUUUUAUUAAUGUAUUGAAGUCACAACGCUUCUCUUCCUCUCGGCCAUCCUGAUCUCUCAUUCAAUGUGCUAUCAGCUUCGCUCACUCAGUUCGCUGCUCCUCGGCGCGUUGUGUCAGUGAGUCACGUGACGACACAACAACGAAUCGCAGCAGGAGGGGGAGGAGUAGCAAAGUGGGCCAGGAUGUAAAAGCAGCGUUUGCUCAGGAUUGUAGAGGUAGAAGACACGAGCAAAGUAUAAUGAACGUAGAAGUGAGAUAUUUAAAUUAAAAUAUCGAUUCAAUUACAAUUGUAUCGAUCUGAUACCAAUACCAGUGUUGGCAUCGAUACUAUCGAUAUUUAGAUCGAUCCGCCCACCCCUAACAUGCACUUCAAACAGAGUUGCUAGCCCAUAACCAAAACCACGAUCACACGAAGUGUCACUCUGUGUACGAAUUAUUGCAUCUCGCUCUUUUUAAACAUUGUGGACAGCAAAAAGCAUCAAGUACGUCACGAAAAUGCAUGAUCUGACGUCAUGACGCAAUCGUGUGGAGGAUUUGUUAUUAUCGAGCUUGAUAACGGGUCUCUGGAGCAAAGGUGGGUAUUCAGUGACAUUUACGUUACAUGAGCAUUUCCAGAGAGAGAAACUUUUAGUGAAGCUUUACUUCAUCUGUCUGCUCGAGCUGAACAAUUCUUGGCGUGCUUGCGGAUUAAAGGUGCUUAAAGAAGUGCUGUGUGUGAAGGGUGAUAAUAGAUUGUGUGCUUCUUCAAGAGCCUGCUUGAGAGUGGGUGGGGAUGCUGCCUGAUAAAGAUGGACCGGGUGAAGGAGGAGGAGUUCAGGACAGAACACGGUCUGAAGAUACUUCAGUAACUCUCUUCAGAGAAUAUUUGAAAGUGAAGACCGUCCACCCUCAACCCGACUACGAUGCUGCUUUAAGAUUCCUGGAGCGGAUGGCAGAGGAGCUCAGUUUGCCCAUGAAGAAAGUGGAGGUGUGUCCAGGUCGAGUGGUUGCCAUCAUGACGUGGGUUGGCACCAGGCCGGAGCUGAAAUCUGUUGUGCUGAACUCACACACUGAUGUGGUACCGGUGUAUGAGGAGCACUGGAAAUAUGACCCGUUUGCUGCCGUUAAAGAUGCUGAAGGCAACAUCUAUGGCAGAGGAACACAGGAUAUGAAAUGCGUCACAAUACAGUACAUUGAAGCUGUGCGCAGACUGAAAGUGGCUGGGAAGAGAUUUCCUCGAACUGUCCAUUUAACAUUUGUCCCAGACGAGGAGGUAGGAGGUCACCAAGGUAUGGAGACAUUUGUAAAGCACCCUGAAUUUCAGAAGCUCAACAUUGGUUUUGCCCUUGAUGAAGAACAACGAUAAGAACAAAAGGUAGGCUUCUUUUCUCCUUUAAUGAGAGAAGGAUUAGCUUUACAUUCAGCCAGUUUAUGCUACAUACUGUAUAAGAUAUAUACAGUUAGGGCCAUAAAUAUUUGGACAGAGGCACAUUUUUUGUUAUUUUAGCUGUGUAUCAAU